AUGGAGGAUUAUGAAACUGUGGCAUUGACAGAAGAGUGCAGUGCAAUAAUUCAAAAGAAACUUCCUCAAAAGUUGAGAAAUCGAAGCAGCUUCACUAUACCUUGUACCGUUGGGAAUUUUCAUUGUGAGAGGGCUUUAUGUGAUCUAGGUGCAAGCAUUAAUCUAAUGCCACUGUUCAUAUUUAGAAGACUCAGUUUGGGGGAAGCUAGACCCACUACGGUUACUCUACAACUGUCCGACCGUUCAUUGACAUACCCCCGAGGGAUUAUCGAAGACAUUCUAGUCAAAGUGGGAAAAUUCGUCUUUCUUGCUGAUUUUAUUGUUCUUGAUAUGGAGGAAGAUGAAGAUGUUCCAAUUAUUUUGGAAAGACCAUUUUUAGUCACCAGUCAAGCCUUGAUAGAUGUUCAAAAAGGAGAGUUGAGGCUAAGAGUGCAGGGUGAUGAUGUUGUAUUUAAUGUGUUCAAGGCUUUGAAGUAUCCUAGAGCAAGUGAUAGUUUCUUUAGUGUGAAUGUAAUUGAGGAACAAUUGUCAACGAGAAAACUUAUUGAAGAUUCGCUUGAGAUGAGCCUUAUUUCACAAGGAGUGGAAGACUGUGAUGGCAUUGAGGUUAUUGAAUAUGUAAAUUGGCUAAAUUCUGCUGGACCUAUUUAA